ACAUUCGGAAGCGCCUCCUCUCUCACACUUGCAUUCAAGACGUUGCGUGCUGACGGAGCAGGUGAUUGCUCACUGCUCGGAUCCUCAGCAUCUUCUCUGGGUGCUGAGACAAGGAGCCGGGCGGGGUCGUUUUCUUGCAGCAGCAUCAUCCCCUGUUGUUUCUAUUGCAAUGGAUUUCUAAGCGCAUUUCGGACACGGAACUGCACCCGCAGUAGCUGAUAGAAUCAGACUUGAAGCAAAACGUCUCUGAUAAAAAAAGGGGGCCAGUGUUUAUUUUUUGAAGCCUAUGUUUGUCCAGGAUGGCUUGAUUGUAUCGUUUUAUUCUUUAUCUUGUUGGAUUUACAAAACAAAAACACGAUAUCUGGUAGAAAAACUGUAGGCUGUAGUUUGUUUUGUGAACAGGACUGUGACUGACGGCCUUAAAUACGACGAGGGCAUCACAUUACAUUCUGCGCAGGCAGAUUCGGGUUUAAAACGGGAAUAGCAGAAGAGUGAAAAAAAAAGAUAUUUUUGUGCUACUUUAUUUGUUAUCAUGGCAUGGCCCUGCAUCACCAGGGCUUGCUGCGUUGCCCGCUUCUGGAACCAGCUGGACAAAGCUGACAUUGCGGUACCUUUGGUCUUCACCAAGUAUUCAGAUGUGACCGACGGGAGCCACCACCCCCAUCUGCAGUACCAACAAAAACAGCCGCGUCCCCAGACGCGAGCUGCCUCGGUUGCCAUAGAUACACAGCCCACCCUAAGCGACCAGGAGUCAGUUGCUGUUAGCGAUGAAAACCCAGGGGAGUCCGUGAUGCGCCAGGAUUUCAAGGCUUGGAAGGUGCGCCCCGAGCAGAGCUGCAAGCCCAAGCAGGAGUACCACCCUUCGGAAACGCCCUUCAACAAUGAAACCCAGUACCAGAAGGACUUCAAGGCCUGGCCAAUGCCCAAAAGGGGAGACCAUCCGUGGAUCGCUAAGCCUAGCCCUGCACCCUCUGUUGAUGGAAGUCGUGCCUCUGCUGCGUAUGAGCCCCGGACCGGGGGCGAGGCAGAACCGGAGAAGAGCGAGGUGGUGGAUAACGUGCCAGAGAAGCAAGUGAUUGCUGCAGAGAAGAAGAGCGCCAAGAAAGCAAAGGUCACAGCAUCGGUGGAAGGGCAAGACAAGAAGGCAGAGGGACAACCCCCAGCCGGGCUGCCGUCAUCAGAGGGCACAGGCAGAGCGAUGGUGGAAGGGCAAGAGAAGAGAGAGAAGAAGGUAGCCACCAAGACAGAGGGACAGCCGCCAGCCGGCCUGCCCAGAGCGUCAGCGGAAGGGCAAGAGAAAAGAGAGAAGAAGGUAGUCACCAAGACAGAGGGACAGCCACCAGCCGGCCUGCCCAGAGCGUCAGCGGAAGGGCAAGAGAAAAGAGAGAAGAAGGUAGUCACCAAGACAGAGGGACAGCCGCCAGCCGGCCUGCCCAGAGCGUCAGCGGAAGGGCAAGAGAAGAGAGAGAAGAAGGUAGUCACCAAGACAGAGGGACAGCCACCAGCCGGCCUGCCCAGAGCGUCAGCGGAAGGGCAAGAGAAGAGAGAGAAGAAGGUAGUCACCAAGACAGAGGGACAGCCGCCAGCCGGCCUGCCCAGAGCGUCAGCGGAAGGGCAAGAGAAGAGAGAGAAGAAGGUAGUCACCAAGACAGAGGGACAGCCGCCAGCCGGCCUGCCCAGAGCGUCAGCGGAAGGGCAAGAGAAGAGAGAGAAGAAGGUAGUCACCAAGACAGGGGGACAGCCGCCAGCCGGCCUGCCAUCGUCAGAGGGCAAAGGCAGAGCGGCUGCAGAUGCCGUGAACAGGCAGAUCAAGGAAGAAGUGGCGUCUGGAAGCUCAUACAGGAAGUCCCAUCAAGGAGAACACGAAACUCCCCACUCUGUCUAUGGAAAUGAAUUCAGAGCCUAUUCGGAUGUCAAGCCAGUAAAGCCUUUCAAAGCCAAGUCUCAGUACGCACCUCCCGAGGAUAAAACCCCCCAUGAAACCAGUUACAGCGCCCAGUUCAAGGGGGAGCAGGGGAAGCAUCUGCCAGCAGAUAACAAAGUGACAGACCGCAGGAGGAUACGCAGCCUCUACAGUGAACUGUACAAAGACUUUCCCAAGGUGGAGAAGCCUACCACCCAGCGUUCCAAGCCAAAAAAGACAACGACCACAACAACAACUACAACAACAAGCCAUAAACCUGUGAAAAGGGCCAAAGAAAAGCAGGACUCCACCUCGGGACGCAGCUCCAAGAAGAAAGCCACAGAGAAAACCUCCAAAUCGAAGCCAGAGGAAGGGGAGAAGGAGAAAGAGAAGGAGAAAGAGAAGGAGAAAGAGAAAGAGAAAGAAAAGGAGAAAAGUAAAGAGACCAACAACAAACUGGCUGAGGCUAAAGAAGACCCUAAUGUCGACAUCUGCGGAUCCAGCGGUCAUGCCAGCGGUCAUGCCAGCGGUGCUGCUGCUGGAGAAGGAGAGCCAGCGGCGGAGGCGGUACCGACACGAGGCAGCGCUAAGGUUGUGUGCUUCUCGCCUGACGUGAAAUAAAUAAAAGGAAAAAAUAAACACACACAGAAUCCCUGCCGUCGUGUCCUGCAGGAAAACUGAUCAGUUAGAAAGAGAAAACACAAUGUCAAUGUUGCUAAAUGGAAUUAGAACCUGUAUUAUAAUGGCUAGAAAUACACUGGUAUCGUUGUCCUUCUCCGAUGUAUGGAAAACAUGCAUGUCUUCAGCAUUUACCAAGGUGCUGGAAGCUCAAAACGUACAUGCAUACAUACAUACAUGCAUACAUACAUACAAAAAUGGUGCUAUAUUUAUUUUGCAGUAGCAAAAUACACGCUGUGUAAAAGAAUGAAUGAAUCUGCGUGUAUUUGUUAUUAAGUAUAAUGUAAAGUGUUGUACAGUACCCGCUUUACAGUGACAGUACUGUAUUCUGUAGAUCGAUUGCUUCCCUUCAAAUAAAGU